CACGUGAGCCGGGAACAUAAAUCAUAAUCAGUCUAUUGUGUGUCAAAGAAAAAUCUUGUGAGCCAAUGUUCUGUGCUCCAGAGAGAUAAUGCGGCUUGCAAUACAAUUUUUGUCAAUACUUUUCAUAUUCCGCUUGUCUUACACGAGCUGCAACGAUGUUUCUAGCGAAAAAUGGCCAACAGUGGGCAUAUCUGUGCUGGUUCGCAAUAAAGAGCACACAUUGCCCUAUUUCCUGAGUUGUCUGACGGAAAUGGACUAUCCAAAAGACAGGCUGUACAUUUGGAUAUACAGUGAUUUCAAUGAAGAUGGCAGCAUAGAUAUUCUGGAAGAAUGGGCAGCCAGACACAAGUCUGACUACAAUGAUAUAAUAAUAACAGCUAAUAAAACUAGUGGGCCUCGUCAUGAAGAUGAGAAGAUCGCUGUGCAUUGGAGCCCUAAGCAUUUCAAGCAUGUUAUACGGCUAAGAGAAGAAGCAUUGAGUUAUGCUAGAAAGAAAUGGGCGGACUUUUUAUUUAUGCUAGAUGCUGAUGUGUUUCUCACUGAAAAGCGGACUCUCAAAAGUCUAGUCAGGAAAGAUGUGCCAGUGGUGGCGCCCAUGCUCGUCUCUGACGGGCUCUACUCUAAUUUUUGGUGUGGAAUGAACGAGAACUAUUAUUACGAAAGAACCGACGAUUACAAGCCGAUCUUAACAAGAACCGAGGUUGGAUGCUUCAGUGUCCCCAUGGUGCAUUCCGCGGUGCUCAUGUCACUCAGGCGUGAGGCGUCUGACGUCAUCACCUAUGACAAUACGAGGAUAAAGGGCUACAAAGGACCCGAAGAUGAUAUCAUAGCGUUUGCUGUCAACGCGAAAUAUCAUGGCAUCAACCUAACCGUCUGCAACGACCUCCUGUACGGUUUUGUUCCCGUGCCCCUAGAAGAUGGCGACGACCUAACCCAAGACCAGGAACAGUUGCUCAACGUCAAACUAGAGGCUAUCAGCCGAGGCUCCCCCAUUCCCCUAAUAGAUGCCUUCAAGUCUUUGAUAAAGUACCCGAAACGGUGGAGGUUUGGCUGCGAUGAGAUAUACAUGAUCAACCUGGAGAGACGGACGGAGAGGCGGAUGCUGAUGGAAAUGAGCUUUAGAGAGCUCGGUAUGGAGGUUACGACGGUGAAGGCGGUUGAUGGGAGAAAUCUGGAUUUAAAUGACUUGAGAGAAUAUUCUGCCACAAUAAUGCCUAACUACAUGGAUCCGUAUCACAAAAGACCAAUGAAGGCGGGCGAGGUCGGAUGUUUCCUGAGCCACUACUAUGUCUGGGAAAAGGUAGCGAAGCAACGCCACGGCACCGCGCUAGUAUUGGAGGACGACAUCCACUUCGCGCCAUACUUCCGGUACCGCUUCCAACAGCUACUGAGGGAACUCACACAUUUGGACUGGGACCUAGUAUACAUAGGUCGCAAAAUCCUUCAAAGCGACGAUGAAGAAUAUGCCACGGAGCACACAGUCCGUCCCCUCUACUCGUACUGGACGCUCGGCUACCUCCUGAGCGCGCGAGGGGCUUCCAAACUACUGGCAGCCAAGCCGCUCGAGACCAUGCUGCCCGUCGACGAGUUCCUGCCUAUCAUGUUUGACCAGCACCCCAAUGACACAUGGAAAUCAUACUUCCCCAACCGCAACCUGUUGGCGUUCUCUUCGGCGCCUCUCCUGAUACACCCGACACACUACACCGGCGACGCGGGCUACGUCAGCGAUACCGAGGACUCCACCGUGUUAGGUGACCACGGUGACCGCGGUGACCACGGUGACCUCGGUGACCGCGGUGACCGCGGUGACCGCGGGGCCCCGCCUGACCACGUCAAGAACGAGCUAUGACCGCUGCCCUCUUUCAAAACCAAGAUUCCUAACCGAUCGGCUAAUGUAGCCGUGAAAAGGCGACGGAGGCGAACGCUAUGGAAGUAAGGU